AUGGCGCCUCUAGCUAGAGUGUGUGUUUGCUCCUGCGGCGCCGAGGUGCUGCAUGUGCCGCCGGAGCUCGCGCCGGCUGUCGACCAGUACGUGGAGCCGGUCCCGCGGUGGGCGUGUCCGCGCCGCUCUGGCGUGCUGACUUGGCUCGUGCUCCUGUCCAUCCCUUCGGCCUCCUUCCUCUUCCUCAUCGGGCCGCAUCUGGCUGCGCGGGACGGGGUACACCUCGUCGCCGCCGUGGCGCUCACCUACCUCGUCUCGACCACCUUCAUGGCGCUCGCCGCCUUUUCCGACCCCGGCACCAUCCCGCCGAACCGGGACCCGGACGUGCGGCGGGCGGUGCAGCAGCGCUCGCCCGUGGAGGUGACGGUGCGCGGGACUCGGCUCACGCUCAAGCACUGCGCCACGUGCGGCAUCCACCGGCCGCCUCGCUCGGCGCACUGCCCCGGCGGGCGGCGCCUCCUCAGGGCUGCGGCUGCGAGUAGGUGGGACCACUACUGCCCGUGGAUCGGCAACUCGGUCGGCCGGCGCAACUACCCCUUCUUCCUCCUCUUCGUCGCCUCGACCCUCGCCCACUCCCUCCUCACGGCCGUGGCGAGCGUGCUGCACCUGACAGAGGUCGCCGCCUCGCUCGCGGCCUCCGCCGACGACGCCGCGGCAGCCUCGGCCGUCGUCGUCGCCGCCGCCGCCUCCCCCGGGCCCGUGGCGCUGCUCGCGUACUGCGCCCUCGCCUCCGGCCUGCUCGGGCUGCUGCUCGCCUACCACGUCUUCCUCGUCUCGACGAACCAGACGACCUACGAGAACGUGCGCGCCGAGUGGGCCUUCAAGCCCAACCCGUUCGACAGCGGU